AUGAAUAAACAACUAUACCUAAAUUUAUUUUCAAAAUUUAAAAAUACAAAUAAAUAUAAAAAUGUAUUUUCAAAUAAUUCAAAUAAAACAUAUAUUUUAACAAAUAAUAAUCAAAAUAAUAAAUUUAAUUUAAAUAAUAAUAAUAACAGUAGUUUUAAUAAUAAUAGUAAUAAUAGUAGUUUUAAUUUUAACUUUAAAUUCAAAAAUAAUAAUAAUAAUAAUAAUAAUAAUAAUAAUAAUAAUAAUAAUAAUAAUAAUAAUAAUAAUAAUAAUAAUUCAAAUAAAUUUAAUAAAAAUAUUAUAAAUUUCAAUUCAUUAAUAAUUUAUACAAGUUUAUUAGUUACUAAUAAUAAUAUUAAUGAUAAUAAUCAUAAUAACCCAUACUCAUUAAAUAACUAUACAUCUGGACAACCAUUACAGGAUUAUUCGAUUGUAUUAUUAAACCCAUAUGAAGCGAUUAAGGAGAUAUCAAACAAUGACGAAGAAAAAGUUAAUUUAUGGGUAGUAUCAAAAAGAGUGUUACAACUAGGGUUAAUAUUUUUACCAUGUCUAGUUACUUUUCCAAUAUGUUUUAUUCCAAGCAUAAAUCAUUAUUGGUGGGAUUUAUUAUUAAAUACAAUACAAUUUAGCGGUACAUGUUGGAUUAAAUUUGGACAAUGGAUUAGCACAAGACCAGAUUUGUUCCCAGAGUUAUUAUGCGACAAAUUCUCUUUACUCCAUAGUAAUUGCCCAUCGCACGACUAUGCUUUUACAGAGAAAUUAAUAGAAAGGAAUUUUGGCAAAUCGGUUGAUCAACUAUUUUUGUAUUUUGAAAAAGAACCUAUGGCAUCUGGAUCCGUUGCUCAGGUACACAAAGCAGUUACCAGGGAAGGUAAAGUUUCUGUCGUCAAAGUAUUACAUCCUGAUGUUAAAGAUAAUAUAAAUAGGGAUUUCUUUAUUAUCUAUUCUUUAGUGUGGGCUUUCAGUCAUAUUCCAGAGAUGAAGUGGUUAAGUUUACCAGAGUCCGUUUUAGAGUUUGGCAAAUCGAUGAACAAGCAAUCAGAUUUAGAAUUAGAGGCAAACCAUUUAAAUCGUUUCAAUAAAAACUUCAAAUAUAACCCAGAGAUUGUAUUUCCAAAGCCAAUUUACCCACUAGUUUCGAAAGAAGUUUUAGUAGAAUCAUACGAACCAGGUGCACCUAUCAUGGACUUUAUAAAGAAAAAUAAUAAGCAUAAUCCAACACUAGCUAAAAUGGGUUUAUCAGCAUAUUUGAAAAUGAUGCUGUUUGAUAACUUUGUGCAUGCAGAUUUACAUCCAGGUAAUGUUUUAGUUAGAACUCAAGAUGAAGUGGAACCAUCAAAAAUUUUAAACAAUGCUUUAAAUCGAAAAACAUUAAAGGCACUAAGAAAGAGACACAUAGAGCAUCAUAGCAAACACAAACAUCUAUAUCAAAUCGACUUUAAGGAAAAUAUUGAUCCAGCACCAAAAUUAAUCUUUUUAGAUGUUGGUUUAGUAACUCAGUUAGGUCCACAAGAUAAAGAUCAUUUUGUAGAGCUAUUCACCGAAAUUGUAAAUGGUAAUGGAAAACAAGGUGCAGAGCUUUUGGUUAGAUAUGCCAGAGAAGCAAAGUGUACUGAAGAAGAGCUAUACGAAUUUACAGAGCGUAUGGGGUCCCUUUUUUCAAAAGUCCAAAACUCAAAAUUAAGUGAAAUUCAUGUUGGUCUUUUCCUUAGCGAAAUAUUAAGUUUAGUAAGAGAGUAUCAUGUAAAGAUUGAAAGCAAUUUUGCGACAUUAGUUAUGGGUACUAUUGUAUUGGAGGGUUUAGGUAAACAAUUGGAUCCAAGUUUAGGGUUAUUAAAAGCAGCAAUUCCUUUCCUUUUAAAAUCAAAAGUUUAUUCAUUCAGAGAUACCUUAAAAAAUUUAUUUAAAAGAAACGAUAAAGAGGAUAAUAAUAAUAAUAAUAAUAAUAAUAAUAAUAAUAUUAAUAAAGCCAAAUAA